GUCCUUUUUUAACAGGAUAGGAGGAGAAGAAACAAUUAUCAUCAGAUCAGAUUCAGACAUAAGUGUUGGUCCGGAGGUGAGAGGAGAAGACAGAUCAUCAUCAUCUGUCAUCGAGCUGAAAGGUCUCUGCUUUGAAUCCCAAAAAGAAGAGAGAAUGAACGUAGAGGAGGAGAUUCAGAAACUUGAGGAAGAGAUCCAUCGUCUUGGUUCUCUCCAGCCUGAUGGCUCUUACAAGGUGACGUUUGGUGUGUUGUUCAAUGACGAUCGAUGUGCCAACAUCUUUGAAGCUUUGGUUGGGACUUUGAGAGCCGCUAAGAAGCGCAAAAUAGUGUCGUUCCCUGGAGAACUCUUGCUCCAAGGCGUUCACGACAAGGUUGAGAUCACUCUCCGACCAUCCCCACCGCCACCUCAAGCUGCUGUCUCCGCUGCCGCCACUUCCUAAGUUCCCCAUUUCCGUUUUGUUUCGUUUUAUCUUCCAAAAAAAAUGUGUAAUGAAAUGAUGAACUCGAAGAUUAAUGAUUGCUUUUACUUCCCUCC